AUGAACGAGAGCCUUGUCUCAAAGUACAAAGACAUCGUCACCUCCAGAGGAUUGACUUAUCACUAUCUAUCCUUGCCAGCUGUAGAUGACAAACCCACUCUACUCUUUAUCCAUGGCUUUCCCUCGAUUUCAUACGAUUGGUAUCAUCAAAUCAACUACUUCUCCAAGAGGGGAUUCGGAGUAGUAGCACCUGACAUGCUCGGGUACGGCGGCACGUCUAAACCCACAGAUAUGUCCUUCUUUCUGCACACCGCAAUCGCACAAGACUUGCUCGACAUUCUUGAUGCCGAGAAAGUCCAAAAAGCCAUAGCCGUUGGACAUGACUGGGGCGCUCCCAUAAUCUCCGUCCUGUCAAUGAAACACUCUGACCGGUUUUUGGGUUUCGCGUGGGUUGUGGUCACAUACCAAAUAUACGCCCCCUGCCCUCCCAUUGAUGUUAUUUUGGAGAUGAAUAUCAAGACAUUUGGCCGGCCACUUAUGGGGUACUGGAAGUUUUUCGAACAAGAAAGCGCUCCUCAAAUCAUCGAGAAGAACCUGGAAUCUUUGAUUUCCGUGCUUUAUCCGGAUGACCCAGAUAAUUGGCUGACUCUGAUGAAUCAACCCGGGGAGAUACAAGCUUUCGUCGAAAAUGGAAAAACAACAAAGAGAGCCAGUUAUCUCACAGACGAGCACCACUCACGCUUGUUGGAGUCACUAAGAGGAGGUGGGUUAACAAGUGCCCUGAACUGGUACCGGUCCACGCUCGGUGGUGUUAAUUCCCGCAUUAUGGAAGAAAUACCAGAAGAAAAUCAGUUUAUCAAGAAACCCGCGUUCUUCGCGGUCGCAAGAAAAGACCACGUAUGCGUGUAUGAUUACGCCGUGCCACAAAUGAAGAAAUACGCGACGGGAGGUCUCCAUAUGGUAGAGUUUCAAGGCGGACACUGGGUUCAAUUGGAGGAACCGGAAACUUUCAACAGAGAGCUGGAGGGUUGGAUUCGCGAUACGUUGCAACAAAAUUGUUGA